UUGCAUGUACAAAUACGUGUGAAACGAACUUAAACAUUCUUCCAAGAUUAUUAUUUUGUUGUUAUUCUUUGUAUGUAAGUAGGAUCAAAGGUGAAGGAAUUUCUGUGCCGAGAUGCUGAGGAGGUAUUUGCUUUUGUUGGCUUUGUGUGUUGCGUCAUCGAAAUGCGAGUUGAAGUCACCCUGCGCUGAACUCUUCGAGUACACCAAACAGGACGAAGUUGGAAGAUGGGAGGGCGUCGUUAACGUGAAGAGCGACUGCAAAUUGCACGGACUCUGGAUGAGGAUCUUCCUGGAAGGAGACGUAUCCGAGCUUAAUCUUCUUAAUAUCGAAGGUGAAGUGAAGAGUUUGAAACCAAAAACUAAUGGUUUCAUUAUAAUCAAUCCCGAUUUGAUAACAAUGAAAAAUGUAUUGGUUCCUAUCAAAUUCGCUGUUGUUUACGAAGGAAACAAUCCUCCGAAUCUUAGUGGAAUUAGACUGAAUACAAGAACUUAUUGUCCAGUUGGAGCUGAUUAAUAAUCAUAACUAAUGUUUGUUUCAU